CAGAAUGCCGCACGCUCUGAGGCCUGCGGGGUAGCGGCAGCGUGUGAGCAGCGGUACCGCGAGGCCUGAUUGAGCCGCCGUUCCCUUUCCUUUGCGCCUCCUUCACUCACUCCUCAUCCGACAUGGGAGUCCCGGCGUUUUUCCGAUGGUUGAGUCGCAAGUACCCGUCCAUCGUGGUGCACUGCCUGGAGGAGCGGGUGAAAGAAGUUAAUGGAGUUAAAAUUCCUGUGGACACCAGCAAACCUAAUCCAAAUGAAGUGGAGUUUGAUAACCUCUACUUGGACAUGAAUGGCAUCAUUCAUCCAUGCACACAUCCAGAAAACAAGGCUGCCCCUAAAAAUGAGGAUGAAAUGAUGGUGGCAAUAUUUGAAUAUAUUGAUCGAUUGUUCAACAUUCUUCGACCAAGGCGCCUUCUUUACAUGGCAAUAGAUGGAGUAGCUCCUCGUGCCAAAAUGAACCAGCAGAGGUCCAGAAGAUUCCGUGCAUCCAAAGAAGGAGUAGAAUUGUUGGCAGAGAAAACACGAAUGAGAGAAGAAGUGAUUAGUAAAGGCGGUUUCCUAUCCGAGGAAGUAAUUAAAGAACGGUUUGACAGCAAUUGCAUUACGCCAGGAACCGAGUUCAUGGACAACCUUGCACGGAGCCUUAGGUACUAUGUUGCUGAUCGCUUAAACAAUGAUCCUGGAUGGAAAAACCUAACUGUUAUUUUAUCAGAUGCCAGUGUUCCUGGUGAGGGCGAACACAAGAUCAUGGAUUUCAUAAGAAGACAACGAGCUCAGCCAAACCAUGAUCCCAACACUCACCAUUGUUUGUGCGGGGCUGAUGCUGAUCUUAUAAUGCUGGGAUUAGCAACUCAUGAACCAAACUUCACUAUUAUUCGAGAAGAGUUUAAACCAAAUCAACCAAGGCCUUGUGCCCUUUGUGGGCAGAUUGGUCAUGAAAUCAAAGAAUGUCAAGGUUUGCCCAAGGACAAACAAGGACAGUUUGAUCAAUUUGCAGGUAAUUCUGCAGGUGUCGAAGAACAGGAAUUCAUAUUUAUCCGAUUAACUGUGUUGCGUGAGUACCUGGAAAGAGAGUUGACCAUGGCUAGCCUGCCGUUUACGUUUGAUUUUGAGAGGAGCGUUGAUGACUGGGUUUUUAUGUGCUUCUUCGUGGGAAAUGACUUUCUGCCUCAUCUGCCAUCCUUGGAAAUUAGGGAGGGUGCGAUAGAUCGUCUUGUUGGCAUUUAUAAGAAUGUCGUACAUAAAACCGGAGGCUACCUUACAGAAAAUGGUUUUGUGAACCUGGAACGGGUUCAGUUGAUUAUGAUUGCUGUUGGAGAAGCUGAAGAUAACAUCUUUAAGAAGAGAAGAGAAGAUGAUGUGCUGUUCAGGCAAAGACAAAAAGAAAAGAACAAAAGACUGAAAGCUUCAUCUCAAAAUAGUGCGAAUUCAGAUGGGAGCCCAGUUCCAUUGGGAACAAAGAGGAAGAAUGAGGAUAGUGAUGAAGAACAGGAACCAUCAGAUAAUAUCAGGCUUUGGGAAGAAGGUUGGAAGCAACGUUACUACAAAAACAAGUUUGAUGUGGAUGCAACUGAUGCAAAAUUCCGCAGAAAGGUUGUAGAAGCCUAUGUUGAAGGUCUGUGUUGGGUUCUUCAGUACUAUUAUCAGGGUUGUGCUUCAUGGAAGUGGUUCUUUCCAUUCCAUUAUGCACCAUUUGCUUCGGACUUUACUGACAUUAAAGAACUACCUACAACAUUUGAAAAGGGAACAAAGCCGUUCAAACCACUGGAGCAGCUGAUGGGAGUUUUUCCUGCAGCAAGUGGUAACUUCCUCCCUGAGACAUGGCGUUAUUUGAUGUCUUAUCCGAAUUCUUCAAUCAUUGACUUCUACCCUGAUGAUUUUGCUCUUGACUUAAAUGGAAAGAAAUUUGCUUGGCAAGGUGUUGCACUGCUGCCUUUUGUUGAUGAGCGACGGCUGAGAGGUGCUCUGGAAAAGGUUUAUCCUGACCUCACUUCUGAUGAAACUCGGCGGAACAGUCUUGGAAGUGAUAUCCUGUUUGUUGCAAAUUCUCACAAACUCUUUGAUUUCAUUGUUGAGAUGCAAAAGAAUGAUUCUCAGGAAUUGCAACUUCCUCCUGAGCUUUGUCAUGGUAUUGGUGGUUUGCUCACAUCGGAAAGUGAUGCAGUGAAACCAGGACAGAUAGUAGUUUCUCCAGUUCCAACCUUGAAGGACAUUAAUGAAAAUAAUGUUUGCAGUGUAAUGUUCAAAGAUCCCCACUAUGAAGAAGAUUAUAUUUUUAAGGCGUGUGUGUUACCUGGAGCAAAAAAACCUGCAAAAGUACUGAAACCAGGUGACUGGGAAAGAUCUCAAGCUAAUAACUCAAGACAACCUUGGAGGCCCAGGCUUGGCUUUAAUCCAAAUCGACCGCAGGCCCACUUGGAUCAGGCAGGGUUUAGAGCGCUUGGCCAUUUUGUGUCAAAAGAUCGGCAUCCAGGAGGAAGUGGCGUAUACAGUAAUGCUCCUCCACCUGGUUCUUUCCAGCACGGGGCAAGUGCUCUUCCCCCACUGAUGAGAGGACCACCUGUCCAACUUUCAGGUUUGAGACCACAAGAUGCCUGGCGAGGCAUCCAACCACUGUUUCAGCAAGCUCAACUCCAAAGAAGUGCUGAACAGUCCUUGGUAUGGAAUCGCAUGAUGCAGGCACAGACCAGUUUGUUCCAGCAGGCUCAACAGAGACUUGCAUCAGGAUUGUCAAUCCAAUACCAUCAAAGGCCAGAUGAUCGAAGAGGACGACAGGGCUAUUCUGGAAGACAAUACCCAUUGCCACCAGAUGCUGGAAGAUACAACUGGAAUUGAGAGCUCUAACUGGAUAUCCAACACAAGUGCUAUGCCUUACAGAGUCCAGUUAAUUAAACAGCAGUCAUUCAAGCUGAAUUUUAACAGUACCUGUAAAGAAUUUUCAAUUAUUUUUUAAUGUGAAAUUAUAAUUGAUACUUGUUUUCAGUAUUUUGUGCUGCAUGUUUCAUGUUCUGUAAAAUGGAUUUGGCAUUUUCCAUUUUUUAAAAUUGUGUAGGUUGGGGAUUCAGGGCAAGAUAAAUAUUAUGCAGAAUGCAUACAAAUAGUUUGUUACUAUUACAAUGGGUUUGUAUGUCAAGUCAAUUAGUGAAACAAAUUGAGUUUUUAUUCUUGUAGUGUACAUUGUACAGUAGAACUGAUCUUCAGUAAAAAUGCUUUACCAUUUAUGGUUUUGGUUUCCCACUGUUUAAGAUUUUUUUCUUUAUCCAAUUCAUAAUUUUCUUGAAGGUGAUUCAGUUUUGCUGGUAAGAUCCAAGUGUAAUUAGUUUUUCACAUUUUCUUUCUCAAUGUCUGUGACCAUUUAACAGAAGAUAAAGAAAGCUGAGUAAUUUUGAAUACUGUGCAGAUUGGAAUGUUUCUCUUCAUCUGGAGGUCACUUUGGAUGAUAUUGGGAACAAGGUAAAAUUAGUUCUUGAAUUGCUAUGUAAUUGAAAAAAUUAUGAAACCAAAGGGAACAAUUGGUCUUUAGCGAGAGCUAGCAUGAAACUUGGUUUAAAGGGAACAGGUGAUGCAGGCUUUUAAAAAUAUUGUAGGGGUGGCACUAAUCAAAAAGAGAAAGAAAUUUCUCCCAUUGUCCUGGCCAACAGUCCUGCAGAUGAAAUUAGGCAUUCAUUAAAUGACUGUGGGAAAUUGAUGCUUGCAAAUUGACUGCUGCAUUUGUCUACAAAAUAGUCAUCAUCUUUACAGUAAAUCCUGUGAAGUGUUUGAGAGGUUCUCCCAGCAUGAAAGGCACACUAUCAACUGCAAGGAUUAUUAUUAACGACAGGGGUUUAUGGUGAGCCAAAAUGUAAGAACCAGAGGAUGCAGUCGUAAGUUUAAAGAAGAUGAGUUGAACAACUGUUUUGUGCUUAAUUGUUAUGGCGAAGGCUGCUUACUGCAAUGGAUGCGGUUCAGUUUGUGGUUCAAAAGGAAAUUUAAUCAGUUUCGAACCAGCAGAAAGUAGGUACGUGUUUGCGACAGGAAAAAUAAUAGUGGUGCUAGGGUUGGGGCUAGAUGGGUGUUGGGUUGAAAGAAUGGAAUGAAGAAAAUUCCAAAAGCUCUCUACAGACCUCUGGCCAAUUUUUGAAGUUAGUGUGGACUGAAAAUUUUACCACCUUUUGACAGUGUUUAUAAUUUCUAAGAAUUUGCUUCCUGUGUUUCAUACUUAAAAUGUUUAGUUACUGAAAAUCUUGCACAUUAAUUUUUUUCAUUGCAUAAUAAAUUCUUGUUCAGUUUU